AACAAUACUCUGCUCAAUAACAUUUUUUUUGCAUUUGGAUGUUUAAAUAAUUGUUGAAGGUACUUUCAACAUGACGUCACUUGGGGAGCCUUUGGAACUGAACAAUCAUGAGGUGGUCCACAUCCUCAGGGAGAGAGCUGUCUCUGCCGGCUGCGUGCUUUUGGACUGCAGACCUUUCCUGGACUUCUCCCGGUCACACAUACUCCGGUCCCGGAACGUCAACUGGAACUCGGUGCUGCGCCGCAGGUCCAAGAGCGCGGAGGUGGCCCUCGAGUGGCUGAUCCCGGACAGGGCGCUCCUGGGCCAGCUGCGGCGAGGGGAAUUCAGCCCGGUGGUGGUGGUGGACGAUGCGAGCCGCUCCGUGGCCGAGUUGAGGGCGGAGAGCGUGGGCCAGAUGUUGCUCACUGCCCUGCGGAGCGAAGUGAACGCGCAAAUUUGCUUCCUGAGAGGUGGAUUUGAAGGAUUUUCAGAGGCCUACCCAGAUUUUUGUUACAGCAAACAACUAUCUGCAGUGGAACCAGAGUCAGUGAGCACAGGCCGCAGCACACCUGCAUACGACCAGGACGGUCCCGUUGAGCUGCUUCCCUUCCUGUUUCUAGGCAGUGCCGUCCACUCAUCCCGCCGAGAGACCCUCAAGGCAGCCGGCAUCACAGCAGUCCUCAACGUCUCCUCCUCGUGUCCCAACUUCUUCGAAGAGGACUUCAAAUACCUUCGUCUUGACGUGGAGGACAGUCUCGCUGCAGAUAUCCGCGCUUGCUUCUUCACAGCUAUCGCUUUUAUUGAUUCAGUGAAGCACAACCGGGGUCGGGUGCUGGUGCACUGCCAGGCAGGUAUCUCCCGCUCGGCCACUAUCUGCCUGGCAUACCUCAUGCACGCCCAGCGGGUCCGGCUGGAUGAGGCCUUUGACUUUGUGAAGCAGAGGCGUCACGUCAUCUCGCCUAACCUGGCCUUCAUGGGGCAGCUGCUGCUGUUUGAGACCGACGUCCUGUGUCAGGGCUAAAGUCCAUAAAUGUCAGUUUUUUUCAUUAUCGGAGCUUAGUGGUGCUGGCAUCACUACUGUGUUUUCUUAUUGUGGCGAAACUGCGGAUGAUUAUAUAAAUAUUUAUUUCCA